AGUAAUACCAGCCGGCAGGUGUGGCAAGGCAUCCAGCACCUAACCAACUAUAAGAUCAAUCUCGGAGCUGCGGACGGUGACCUGGAGCUGGCAGAGGAGCUGAAUAUCUUCUUUGCCCGCUUUGAGACCAGGGUACCGGAGGGAGCACAUCCAGUGUUGGGGUGCCUGGUUAUGAUCCUCUCACUCAUCCAGCCUAUCGGGGCCUUGCUGCGCUGCGGACCACAACAUCACCUGAGGUAUCUGUUCAACUGGACACAUUUUUUAAAUGCGGUGGUAAUAAAAUCUAUAGCUGUGGCAGCCAUAUUUACAGGCCUGGACAGGAUUGACAGUGAUGAUGGGUGGCUAUUGAAAGUGAUGGGUGGCUUCUUUGCCUGGGAAGUUCUCUUCAUCAUCAUUUUGGAGGUCCAUGAUUGGGUAGUUAAACACAGAGAUGAUACUGCUGAUCAAAUGGAAUCAGCAUUGGUCAAAGGUGACAGUUGCCUGAUCGCUGUGUACCUUCUGGAAACCUUUGCUUUUUGGUGGCACUUUUGUUGA